AAUACAAUUACACUAAUAUGUAAAAAUGUUACGUCCCUUUUUCUUAGAAAAGUUUAUUCUAGUUUUUAUAUACAAGAUGUCUUGCAUAAGGUAUGCAAUACUUUAUGGAAAGAUAGACGGAAUCAAGAUGAACUAAAAGUCUAGUAUAAUUUUUUGAUAUCUCCAAUAAUAGCCGAGAUAUUAAUUUUUCAAAUUAUACAAAUGAGAGCUCACCGAGGGAAGCGCUGAGCCGCUCAAGCCGACAGCUAAUGCUUGACACAGUGGACCAUGCUAUAGCUCGAGCGGCUCAGCGUUAUAUAUAUAUAUAUGCAUAUAUAAUUAUAUGCAUUAAACUUGUUCAAGUAUUCUUACAAUUAAUAUUUUAAUUGUUUAAAUAAAAUAUAAAAUAAAUAAUAUAAAUUGGCGAAAGUAUCAGCGUAAUAUAAACGUUAGAGUCAAUCCUGUUAUUUUAAACUAUGAUAUAAAUAAUACUUUUAAUCAGCUACCGUAAAUUGUAAAGUGAUAUUAUUAGUACACAUAAUAAAAUACUAGUUGAAUCAAUACCCAGAUAGCACCAAGAGUUCAAAAAGAACUCAAUUGUAUGUCACCAAUUAUGAAUUCUUUUUGAGGUGCAAAAAGAAUUGUUUUUAUACAAAUUUUAUAAAAAUAAUUAUUUUUGCAUCUCAAAAAAAAUUCAUAAUUGGCGACAUACAAUUGAGUUUUUUUUUAACUCUCUAUGCUAUCUGGGUAAACAGCUUAUUUUAGCGCACAUUUAGCGAUUUAAAUAUAUGUAAAUAUUUUUUAUAUAUAACUUCUCAUUGUGUAAAUAUGAGUGAAUGUCUAUUUAUAUCCAAUAAAGUUAUAUUUUAAUAUUAUUAUUAGUUGCAUACAACUACAGUGGUAUUUUAUUUAAAGAUUUAAGAAAUGUCUCUUUAAUAAAAAAAAAUUUAAUUUUAGAAAAUUAAAUUAUAAAAAAUGAACUCCAAAUUGUUCUACAACACGGUAGAUAUAUAUUUUAAAUAAAAAUAUUAAUUAUACUUUGUAGUAAUUAAAUUACAUGUAGUAUUGAAAUUAAUUAUGAGCAUUUUAUUUACUAAUAUUAGUACUGAAAUAAAAUAAAAAAUAUAAUGCAGCAUAUAAACAAGAAUUGAUAUUAAUAAGGACACGCAAUGAUAAUUUAUACAACGAUGCUAUUAAUAAAAACGAUCAGUCAUGAUCCAAUUAUUAUUGAGAUGUGCUGAUUGGUUGUCCCCGAUGUGGCAAUCGCAAUGAAAACUACAAAAGAUACCACCUAACCGUCGGUCUAAUUUUUGUCGACGAUCUUGGCGCAAGUGUCACCAUCAGUUGCAGAUCUGAUCAUAGAACUCACAAAUCCAUUAAAAAAUCUAUCGCGCAACAUAUUAAAUCGAAAACCAUAAGCCUCACAAUAAAAGUACAAUUAAACUUUUUAGAAACAAAAUUUAUCAGAGACAACAAUUUAAAAAAUUCAAAGUCUUUAUAUUAAUUGUAACACUUUUCUCUGCAAAAUUUAUACUUAAAUUAAAAAAUAAAAUAAACAUUUGUGUGGACAUUCAACAUUUUUUAUAAAAAAUGGCGGGUUACAUGCCACCAAUUCAUAUGCCAUUAGAAUCAAAAUGGCGACAUUAUCCAACGUACAUCUACUCAAAAAAUUAUGGAUAUGGAAUAAAUUACUAUCAACCAAUGAUUGAUUACAUGGAUAACAAACGACUUACUUCAAAAUCACCUUUACCAGAAUUUAAAAGAACAGAAUUACCUGAAUUGCCUUGGUCUGACGGUAGAAUCUUAUGGGAGAACAAAGAGGUGCAGCCAUAUACAAGAGACGAUCUUAUAAAACAUGCAAUCGAUGCUGAGGAUGAGGCUAGAGAUCAUCUAUCUCGUUUCAAGGUACAAUAACAGAGAAAGAAUGUUGAUAAGUUUUCGCGAAGGGGACGACUUUCUGGGAAAAUAUGAGGCGAUCCAUUUUCCGAGUGCCGCGCAACUUGGCGACUGCUUGACCUUUUCGGUUUCUAAAUUUGGUGCCACGGAAGAGGUUGCUUCGUUUUAUGUGGCAACGAUCAAAGACGUGUUUGCCACGGAUGCCGUGCGUAAUUCGUGUCAUUAUUGACGUCGUUGCAUUUUCUCGUUUCGCAACUUAUUUUUUCUUGUUUUUAGAUAGAAAUACGUUAAUACGCAAUACAAUGCAUCAUCAAAAUUCGUUUUACUUAAUUUCUUGUACGUAACAAAAAAUUAACUAAUUUAUUGAUCAAUUUUCUUGCUUCAUAUUUU